CAUUGCAACUUUCCACUCAUCUAUGGCGAUAAGUCCAACAGCUCCAAAGUGAAAGGCAUAAUGUUGGGGUCCUUUUACGCGUUGUUGGCGGGCUGCUUGGGCAGUGCUGCGUCAUUAUCUGCUAAACUCACUCUCGGUGCAGACUACCUGGAGGAGAUGUGUCAAGUUACACUGAGCAACUUUGAAACACACACUGGAUCUACAGCCUGUCACUGGCUCCACAUCCCCUUGCGGCUGUUGUGCGUGGGCCUGAUGCUGGCUUGCAAUGCCGCCAUGUGGACCUUCUUCUCCAAGGCCCUCCGCUACUGCUCUUCUUCAGCCAGAGCCAGCGUCACCACCACUGCAGGCAACUUUAUUUCAUCGGCUGCACUAGGGAAGGUCAUUUUUGGAGAAAGUCAAGCGGUUCUGUGGUGGGUGGGCAUCUCUGUCACGCUGUGUGGGCUGCUGGUGCUUCAUGGAUCCACACCUCAGACACAGGACGACGGCAAGAAGGACUAGUUCAUCUUUUUCAACAAGGUGCUGCUGCAAGGGGGUGCUGGAGCCUAUCCCAGCUGUCUUUGGGCGAGAGGCGGGGUACACCCUGGACUGGUGGCCAGCCAAUCACAGGGCACAUAUAGACAAACAACCAUUCACACUCACAUUCAUACCUAUGGACAAUUUGGAGUCGCCAAUUAACCUAGCAUGUUUUUGGAAUGUGGGAGGAAACCGGAGUACCCGGAGAAAACCCACGCAUGCACGGGGAGAACAUGCAAACUCCACACAGAGAUGGCCGAGGGUGGAAUUGAACCCUGGUCUCCUAGCUGUGAGGUCUGCGCGCUAACCACUCAACUGCUGUGCUGCCCAGUUUUUUAUAUUCAUUCAUUCAUUCAUUUUCUACCGCUUAUCCUCACGAAGGUUGCGGGGGUGCUGGAGCCUAUCCCAGCUGUCUUGGGGCAAGAGGCGGGGUACACCCUGGACUGGUGGCCAGCCAAUCACAGGGCACAUAUAGACAAACAACCAUUCACACUCACAUUCAUACCUAUGGACAAUUUGGAGUGGCCAAUUAACCUAGCAUGUUUUUGGAAUGUGGGAGGAAACCGGAGUACCCGGAGAAAACCCACGCAUGCACGGGGAGAACAUGCAAACUCCACACAGAGAUGGCCGAGGGUGGAAUUUGAACCCUGGUCUCACCACUGGCUAACCACUCGACCGCCGUGCCGCCCUAGGUUAGCGUUAUAUAUUCAGAUUUUAUAUCACUUACAUCUCGAGAUCAACUUCAGAUCUAUCUGGAUAUAUCAAAUUUUUAUACUUUUUAAUGUGUUUUUUUAUGUUUUAUGCAGUUUUUGUCAAAAAACGUCAUUACAAAAAAUUAUAAAUAUUUUCCCAAUAUGAGUUUUAAAGUAGAAUAUUUGAUAUGAGGUAAUUGGAGCCUGUCUGGAAUAGGUCAAUCAUUCCUAACGGCAUUGAUUAUGAUACAUUAUUAUUUUUUGUGCAAAGACAGUAAAAAAAACCAAACACUAAAGGUCACAUGGACCCAAAAACAUCUGGCACAUUUAAGGGGACUAGUGCUGUCCUAUCUAGUCUGACUGAUGUGUGUCCCACCUAGUCUUUGAGCAGGAACUGAUGAAGCCUGGUUGGAUGGGAUGGGAGGCCAAGUGUCUUCUAAGACAACCCAACAGUCCAGUUGAGAUUGAUUGAAUCAACUUCAGAUCUGUCAAGAGAAACUUUUUUCAUGUAUUUAAAAAAUAAAAAUAGAAUUCCAAAAACAGGAAAUAUGUAAUAUUUCCUGAACAAAGUAAAAUACUUGAUAUGAAAACCACCUCAACUGGCUCCUCUCCAUGUGCAGAAGCAGCGGUUGUACUCUGAACCCCUCCUGCAUGACUGCUCUGUCACUCAGAUGUCUACAUGAUUAUUACAUGCUGAGAUUAUCUGCAUGUUUUGCUAUUUUGACCAAAGUCUGUUUGAAAUGUAAUGAAUGUAGUUUUUAUCUCUUGGACUGCAAAAUGCCCAUUCCAGUAAUGAAUGGAGUCAAACUGCACUGAAGUCAUCAGGGCUCUACAUUAAAAACAAAAAUGACUUGCCCAUGGGGAAUCCUUAAGGUGAGAACUACUUGCCUGAACUUGCCCCAUGUAAAAUGAAAAGACUGGCAUAUUGAUAUCAUAUAUCAAUAUAUGCUGAUAAUUCAUCAGAUAAUAGUACUGAUGCAUUGUAUUUGGAGGAAUGUCUGAAACGUAUGUUAACAUGGCAUGCCAUACUACCUUACACAUGGUAGUCGUAGUAAGCAGUGAUAUUUAUAAGUUGUGCACCACAAUGAAACAUUAUUGAAUAGACACAUUUGUGUACUAGUAAAGUGUUUUGAAUCCAGAAAAAAUGCUCAAUUUGUCAAACAAUAAUUUGUGAAGCAAAGGUGAGAAAAAUCCAGCGAGAAAUGGAAGCGCUAGAUUUUGUAGCUUGUGCAAAAUCAGCACUUGGUAUUGGAUCUAAUGGGUGGUGUUUCAUUGUGACCACUUCAAAUUGUCACAGCAAUGUGAUUCACUCACCUGUGCCAUCAUUUGAUUUGCUAACCGCUAAUAAAAUACUUGUUUAGGAGGCACUGCUUCAUCACUUUUUGCUCUUUUCCUUCACAAGGUGUUGAAGAAUUAGACCAUGUUGGCAGGGAUGCCAUGAUAGAUGUUUUCCUAGUCAAACCAUCGCUCAUUGGUUGAUCGCCAACAAGAACGGGUGUGGGUAAAACGCGGACUGUGGACCGCGGUCUGAAUAAAGGAUUCUGAUUGGUCCAUUUCAAGAUUUGCAAGGAUUGGUUUGCAAAUUAGCACCGGAAUUACGCAGUCCGUGUUUUACCAACACCCAACAAGAACCACUUUUAAAAAAACUCUUGGCAGUAUGGCAUGCCAAUGUGCACUUGCCCGACGGGAAUAUCACUGAUUGGAUUUACUUGCCCCAAUUUUGUUUUUUUUUGUUCGGUACAUCGUUAUUGUCGAGCCCUGCUCAUGUAUAUUCAAACUUGGAGCAACAGACAAUGAUAAACAUGUUGUUUCCAAAUGGUUAAAACGGUACACACACGACAUGGACAUGCUUUUGGUGUACCAUCCACAAAGGUCCCACGAUGAGACAUACGUUGCCUCAGGAAAAAUAAGGCACCAUGUGACAAAAAGCCAGUUGGUGUGGUGGUCAAGACAACUACUGUUGGUGCUCACCUGAGACUGCAGGGUCCAUCUUUGUCACACUUUUCUAAAACCAACCAAAACCACCAGAAGUCCAUCCGAUGCGGGCGAUUCAAGUCUCUUGUACUUGGAAGCUUCACAUACAGAGGAUAGGAGUAGAUAUCGAAAAGUGCAACACCCGUGUCAGAUGAGCUAUAAUACAUAAAAUGGAAUCCAUUGAAAUCAAAGCACCUCGGAUGAUGUCUGACGUGGGAGAUAAGUUUUGGAUUUCUUUCUUCAACACAUCAUGCACACUCACACGUUUGAAGGCAAUCACUUCAUCAGGUUGAAUUUUUUUUUUUGCUUCUGAAGACUGAUACGUUACCAAUGACUAAUAACUUUUUUUUAAAUGUAGAUCUCAGAGUACCUGGAAGGUAAGAAUGACUGGAAGAAAUGAUGAUGUUCCCAAGUGCACCUGUAGUCCGGAUCAAAUAUCAUGACAUGAUAUUUGAUCCGGAGGGCCAUUGUGCGGUGACGGAGUUGGAGAUAGUUGGAGGAGCCACCAGGUGUGGCCUAGCAAGGCCUUGCACUGUAUUCGGGCACAUUCUGGACCACCUGGUGUGACACUACGGAGGUCUCCGGCAAACCUUUUGGAGCUGGCGUUUCAGGUGCCUGGUAAGGUUAUUAGUGUGCUCCGUGUUUGUUUCCCCCCAGGACCCAAAAUGUCUUCCACACAAAGUGAAUGUUUCACUAUGUGGCCCUUGUGAUGAUGAUGAUGAUGAUGAUGUAGCCCUUUAUUCUUGUCACUUAUACGGAAGUACAAGCGAAAUAGUGCAAUGAUCCGUCCAUACAUAUACAACAUACUAUGCAGUCAGACAAGGGGUGACAGGACGGGAUGAUUGGGCGAUGAAGGGGGCGAAGAAAGGGGGCAACACUCGGAGAGGAGAGGGAAAAAACCAACUCCAAACUAGACUCUUAAAUGAAGGAGAACCUGCGACGCUUCCCCCGCCCACCUGGAGCUCAGUUCUCAGGGUGUCAUUGCGAUACAUAGCAGUUGCCAUGGAGAAGUUUGUGGUGGGCCCAGAGAAGAGAAACAACAUUCUGUGAAGAAAUAAUGGAGAGUGAGAGCGUCCCGCUGUUGUUUUCACAACACGGCCUUGGUUAGCCUGUGGUGGGGACGCCGAAAUCCAGAUUAAGAAUAUUGUUUGGGUUAGUUGGGGCAGCCACAAUCCAAUAGACCAGGUCACUCUAGUGUCCAUUCUGGUCUCCCAGUUGAUCCAACUGCUUUUGCAAAGCCGAAAACUUCACCAAGAUGGCAUCCUUGUUGUGAUUGGCAGUCACAGUCAGUGUGUGAACGGCUUUGUCCACCAGCUGUGGGCCAACUCGAUCCGCUGCCUCCAUCGUACGAAUUCUGCAAUACACCAGGAAAGUUCCCAAUCCAAUCAGCAACACACCUGGUAUCAUGGUCCCGAAUAGGUAGACCUCCACGGAAAGAAUCGCCAGGCACAUGACCUUCCACUUUCCCCAACUGUCCAUCACGUACCCGGCGGUGUACGUUCCGUCAGGGCAGGCAGGUUCCCCCGUACCUGAGCUUCUCAUCGAAAAGAUUGUGUCAAUUUCGUGGAGAGACCAGUUGAUCAAUUCCAUGGUUUAGGUUUUUGGAGAACAGUGCAGAGAGAGGGGGCGGCACGGCGGUCGAGUGGUUAGCGCGCAGACCUCACUGCUAGGGUUCAAUUCCACCCUCGGCCAUCUCUGUGUGGAGUUUGCAUGUUCUCCCUGUGCAUGCGUGGGUUUUCUCCGAGUAUUCCGGUUUCCUCCCACAUUCCAAAAACAUGCUAGGUUAAUUAGCGACUCCAAAUUGUCUAUAGGUAUGAAUGUGAGUGUGAAUGGUUGUUUGUCUAUAUGUGCCCUGUGAUUGGCUGGCCACCAGUCCAGGGUGUACCCCGCCUCCCGCCCGAAGACAGCUGGGAUAGGCUCCAGCACCCCCGCGACCGCCUUCGUUGAGAGUCAAAGAGAUGUUGGGAUAAAGUUGGGACACCCAAGUUCUCGUUUCUAGAACGGCCGCCUCACAGAGCCUGGGCUCGGUUGAAGUUUUGUUCCCUCGAGAGAAAAGAACACAGUGGUCCAGGACUUGCUGAGUUGGUCGACUUCAACGGGUUUGCAAUAUAAACACUAAGAAGUAGACAAAGAAAAGCAAGGGUACUUUGUUGCAGGGACUCAAAUGUGUUUUUUCACCAACAUUUUCAUCAUAUUCAUAAAGACUAACAUUUGAAUAUUCAGUGUCUCACACUGUUAGCGUUUGGCCAAAGCACAUGCUGAACUGGAACGCUAGCAGCGACACAGGCGGGGUCCUGGCUGGUCCACAAACCAAGAAGGCAAUAAAAAAAUGGGCAGCGAGGAGGUAACUGGUACCGUCCACUUCGAGCAAGCCACUUCACCCACUUUGCCCCCAAAGUCGCCCACACAGGGUAGCCUACAACUUGGAUCCGGUCUCUCCACGGCUCUUUGGGGGGGAUCAGGGUGUCCACCGGCUAAGGAAUCCCUUGUUUAUGGUGGUUAAUUGAGACCAGACCCCAACCCUUUUUUUUUUACAUUAUGUGAUCCCCAUAGACAUGUAAUAACACCCCUAUAGUCACCUUCAUAUUCCUAUUACCCAAUAUAGUAGAUAUGUCAUCAUAUGGACUCACCCAUGUUAGCAUGUUACAGUUUCUGUACUGUACUUCCUGUGGAGGCUAUUCUCUCAUCAAUGUAACAUACUGACACCUAGUGACCAAUUACAUUUUAGUUCAAUUAGUUAUUUAUAUGCUUGAAAAUCCUUUAUUUCGUCCAAAAAUAGUAAAAAUGUUUAAAUAGGCACAUAUGUGACUAAUAAUAAACUGAUAAACUACAAAACAGGCAUGAUUUAUUCAUUAGUAUAAAGCAUGAAAGAGUGAAGUCCCGAAAUUCAAACAGUGAUGUGGUGAGGGACCAAUGUCAAAAAUUGCACUUUUUGGGGGAAAUUUUUCCCAUCAUCCAAAAUCCUUAAAUGUAACAUGAACACACACGUCUUUCUUUUUUCACAUGAUGGGAAACACCUAUUCCUAUUCCUCCGAGAAAACAGCAACAAGCUUUUGCUAUAAAAGCAAUCUUCACUCGCUAAAUGUACUGCAAAAAAGGUCAGUAAGGAUAAUUCAUAAUGCCGCCUACAGAGAACAUACUCACUCCUUUUUUUUUUUAAAUCACAAAUACUUCAACUUGCUGAUAUAGUUCAUCUUCAAACAGCUAAAAUAAUGCAUAAGGCUAAAAAUAACCAAUUAGCUAAAAAUGUCAUCCAAUACUUCUCUACAAGAGAGGAGAAAUAUGAUCUCAGGGAAGAAGUACAUUUGAAACACUUCUAUGCUAGGACUACGUUAUGCUAGCCAUAGCAUUUCAGUAUGUGGAAUCAAACUAUGGAAUGGAUUGAGUAAGGACCUCAAACAAUGCACAACGAUGAGCCAAUUCAAGAAACAAUACAAGCAGUUGAUGUUUGCUAAAUACAAGGAUGAAGAGUCUUGAACCAGUCAUGAUGUGCUAUAUAUAUCACUAUAUUGACACGCACUAUGGUACACAUUAUGGCAUUGGAUGCUCAUAUCACCUCAUACUUCGGUAUGAGGUACAUUAUUCAAAAAAUUAAAAAAAAACUUAAACUGUAUUAUGGAAAGCAGGAAGUGAACAAAUGUAACAGUUAGUGAUUGUAAAAGUACCAGAUGGAGGGGUAGGAUUUAAUAAGCUUUGCUUCUUCCUACUCCUUUUGGACAUGUGGAACUGUGAACUGAUUAUGGGAUGCAUUCAAUUGUAAUCUGAUGCAUGUUCAAAUUAAAUAAAACCAUUAGCAUUAGCAUUAACAUUGGCAUUAGCAUUAGCAUUACCAUAUCCAUGCUGUGACCAUUUAGCAACAGGUCCAUUCAUAAUGUAACACAUUCAGUAUUUUAGCUCUGUUAAGCAUUAGCGGAACUUCCGUCCUGGGUGCAUUAUAGAAAGGAAUGCGGCACCCAGUGUUCAUUUUUCCAAACUCAAUGAUGAAGUCAAGUGUUAGCGUUCAGUAGCGGCCUGAGGGAUUGUGAGCGAGCGGCUGGUAAAGCCAGUCGCUAGCUGGCUAGUAGUAAGUCAGUGUGGUGUGUAAAGUAGUCCUCGGGUGUAACACUGUCACUGCAGCUUGAUUGAUAUGCUGGUAACAUGAUGUAAAUGAAGUGUUGGUGCUUUUUGAGAUUUUUUUUCAGAAGGCUUGAUAGGUAGAAUAGGUGAGUUGUAUUCUGUGCAUUCUUCGUUGCCUCUGGUUUUUUAGCUGUUUUUAUAUCUUUAGAACACACAGAAAAGACAAAGACGUGUGUGUUCAUGUCCCACAUAAGGAUUGUGGAUGAUGGACAGAAUUCACAAAAAGGGGCACUUUUCCUUUAAAGGAGACCUAUAAUUCUUUUCCCACCUUGAUACCAAAGUUUAAUGUUGAAACGACAGCUUAAAGCUGUGUGCACACCGGACACAAUUAACAUGAUUUUGCCCCGCCCAUACUGUUACCCUACCCUGUUACCCCGCCCUGUUUUUCUUUGGAUUAGCAAUGAAGCUAAAGGCUUAUGACGCUGGGUACAAAUAAAUGCAGGAAAUGAUUUGGAAUAAAAGGGAAAAUACACGUCAAGAUAAAGCAUCUCAUCAAACAUGUUGUUAAAGUUACGACGCUGCUCCCAGAUGGAACUGAGUACGAUGCUAACUUGCUAAUUGGGUCAAAUUAUUAAGUUUAAUUAAUAUUCAUGUUAAAGGUUAAAUAACUGUUAAUACUGUACAUUUGAAUCUGAAAAAAAUAAUUUCUCUACCAACUGUAUGUGGUUUCUUACGUUUUUCUUAUUUGCUGUUUUAUUAUUAUUUUACUUAUUUAUUACUGAUUGAUUGAUUUAUUGUCUUUAUUCUUAAUUAGUUUAUUUAUUUUUCAUCUUAUUUUGUGUAUCGAAAAAUAAAAAUCAAGAUAUUUGAGAACAGUGGAAUGUUUUAUCAGAUAUUUUGGUGUGGAAAACCGGAACCAAAGUCCUGAAAAAGUGUAGGGUAUAGCAGAGGCAAAAGCAUUGAAGAUAGUUUUUUUGUUGAUUUUUUUUUCCAGUUUUUAAUAAAUGCGUUUUUUUUUUUUUUUGAAAACCUGAUGCGGCCCGGCUUAACCCAGAACCUAGCUCGGGUGGCCCCCAGGUAAAUUGAGUUUGAGACCCCUGAUGUAGUUAGAAUGUUGUAUUUUCAUGUUAAACGAUGUCAACGUUUCAGAUAAUAAUUGGUUAAUGGUCAUUUUUGGUCUGGAAAAUGUGGAACUCUCGGAAAAUUGGGAAUUUUCCAAAUGCGCAUUUGGAAGUGAGCCCUGAAGACGUUGUUUGGGAUGGCUCUGAACGCUUGAGUUUUUUCUAACACCAAGUCUUUGUGACAGUGAGCACAAGCUGUAGGCACGCCUCCCACCAGAACACCCACCGCCCUCAGUACCUCAUGAGCUAACAGUAUCUCCUACCCUCUUUUCAAUUAGCUCUCCAAAAGUUUCAUUAACUUUUUAUCAAGUCCUAUACCCACAGAAAUUAGAAAGCAGGGUUCGGCAGUAGUCCUAAAGUCCUCGGGAACACUUGGGAAACUAACUGUUUUGGAAAUCCAAAGAAACACAGCUGGAAUAAGUGCAGAUUCUGGAGGUUCUAGAAAGCUUUCUGUGCGGGUUUUGGUGUGUAGCUGCUCUAUAGGAGUACACAACUCAAUAUAUUAGGUCCCAUUCAAAGCUCAUAGUCUUCAAUAUGAUUCAAAAAGGUCCUAAAUUUGUAUUAAGGCUGCUUUCAUUUAUGAAAAAAGCAUAUCAUUCAGUCUUGCUUUUAAAUGUUUACAUUUUUGAGGACGCUAUACAGAAUCAGAAAUAAAGUAGUAGUAGUGGUAAAGUAGUAGUAAAGAAGUAAAGUACCUGUGAGAAUUUAUGGAGCACAACCAUCUAGCAUGCUUUGAAUGUGAGUGUGAAUAGUUGUUUGUCUAUAUCUGCCAUGUGAUUGGCUGGUGACUAGUCCAGGGUUUCAGCUGGGAUAGACUCCAGCAUACCCCCACCACCUGAGUAAGAAGCGGCCCUUGAAAGAGUUGUUCAAAACCUCCAAGUUUUUUUACUGAAUGGGGGACUCACUCAUCACGGUGAAAUGGUCCACUUGGGACGCAGGUAUCAUGGUCCAUGAGUGAAUCGACCGGACGACACACGCAACCUCCUGAGCCGCCAGACCGGCCUAGGUGAGCGGGAUCUCGAUGACGUCCUCCUCAAUGAUCUCCCCCUGUGGAACGGUGAACGGCUCCGGGGGGCUCUUCUUGCAGCUCAGCCCAGUGAAAGGGCUGCACCAGGAAAGGGAGAACGGGCCACCAAAAGCCACCCGCAUGGCCUCCCAGCACGGCACCUUCUCCCACUUCCCCGUCUCUCUCUUCAGGCGUUCGAUUCCCUGCAGAGGAAAGAGAAAAGGGUCCCGGCUCAAAGGAGUUGAGGUUUGUCAUCCACAUGCAGGACUACGAACUGGUGAGGCCGUUUGUAAAGCUCUCGUUGUCAUGAAAGACAUCUAAAAUGGCAUACACCCAGCAAAUCAGUGCAGAGAUCUCAAGCACAGGUUCUAAACUGGUGGGUGGGGACCCAAAAGUGGAUCCAUUCUGAUUGAGUCCCAGACCAUAAGUGAAAAAUUCCAAAAAAUGAUAUAACAUUUAACUCAUGUCUUGACUUCUGAUCUCAUUCUGUGGUCUUUUUGACAUUGUAAUACAAAUACAAUUCAAUGAAGAAAUGAAAGUAUCUAAUAUUAAAAAAAAAUAUAUACAAGUGUGUAAUUUAAAACAUUACUUAAAUUAAAACAAAUUAUUAACUGACUUCAAACGUACUUAAGAGUAAAUGAUGAAAUAAAAAUGAAUAAAAGUAAAAAAAAGUGUAAUGAAUAAAUAACCAUCCAAAUGACUUAAAUAAAAAUUAAAAAAAAACAAUAAAAAGUGAAUAAAAGAAUAAAAAAACAAAUACAAGUAAAUACGAUUGUAAAAAAAAGACUUCAAAUUAAUAAAUAGUAAAAAAAAUGGUAAAAAAUGAGUGUAAAAUGUAACAAAAAUGACUUCAAGUGUAAAUACAAUCAAAAUGAUAAAUAAGUGCAAAAAAUAAAUGUAAUAAAAUGCAAAUAAAUUAUAAAAAUCAAUGUCUUCACUGAAACAGUGCAGAAUAAUAAUAACUUGAAUAAGUUUAAUAUAACAUUUAAAUAAAUAAAUAAAUGACUAAGGGUAAAAACAUGUAAAUGACUGGUAUUAAUAAAAUAAAUGAAAAUGACUUAAAUCAAAGUGCAAAAAAUAACAAUGACUUUAAAGAGAAAAUAUUAAAUAUUCACAUGACUUAAAACUGUAAAAAGACUACAAAUUUGAAAAAUGACAAAGUGUAAAAAGUCUAAAAAUAAAUGAAAAUGACUUAAGUGAAAGCGUACUUAAUAAAAUAAACAUACAUAUAUGAUAAAUAUAAAGGAAAAAAUACUAUUAUGUGUAAAGUAUAUAUAAGUAUGACUUAAAUAGGUAAAAAAAUAAUUAUUUAAUUAAAGUGUAAAUAAUCAAAAAAAAUAAAAAAAACUGUUAAAAAAACAAAUGAAAAUGAAUUUUAAAAAUGUCAAAAAAAUAAUAAAAAUAGGAAUAACACAUAAAAGUGGGUCACCACUUAAUUACCACUGGAAAAUCCCAGGUUGAGCCCAUUGAAAAACUGCUGGUCUAAAGCAUUAACUUCAAUGUUGUGACACCCUAAAGCAGGAUGUGGCAACAUACCCCACAUGUUACAUGAUGGGGGACUCAGCGGUCCAUUCCAUACAGACUUUAUACGCCUCCUAAAGGUAUUCAAUCAAUUCUCUUGAUUGAAAAAAAUGCUUUCUCAAUCUAAACACAUCAGAAGUGGACCAGAGUUUUAGACUGUACUCCACUUUUGAGGUUCCACCAUAAGAGAAUUCACACCAAGUCUCAUGGUGGUGCUUGGGACUUUUCGCCCUGGCGGUGGAAUGGUCCACGCGGCACACAUGGGAGGGUCGUGUCAGGGACUGACUUAUUUAAGUAGCUUCAUUUUGUCUGGUCCAGUCUGAGAGCCAAAUUUCCAAUGGUAGGAUACAUUUCACACAGUAGCGUUUGGCUGAAUUGGGAAAUCUGUGUAGACAAAACGUGUGAAUGCUGAAGAGCGAAAAUGCUGUACGGACAAUGUGGAAUUAUGGGAAAAUUGAAACGUUCUUAUCCCAAAUGUAUUGAUGCUGAGAUGUUUUGAGAAAUAUGGAAAAAUGACUAUGAUCAAUGGUCAUUUUUGGUCUGGAAAAUGUUGAACUCUCGGAAAAUUGGGAAUUUUCCAAAUGCCAAAAAUAAAUGAACUGAAGGUUGAAAACAAGGAAAUUAGUUAGAAUUCUUCAUGUCAAAAGAAAUUGAAUGUGGAAAAUGGUUUGUCCGAAUUUCCUGAAUGAGCAAAUUAUUUUCUUGUUGAAAAACUUUGAAUUGUUUGAGAAAUGUGGAAAUUUAAAAUUGUUCAUUCAUAUUCAGUGGGAAGUCUGUCAUGGAAAAAUUGCAAUGACAAAAAAUGUGUGUAUUUUUUUAGAAUGUGCAAACAGCUAGCCAUCACGUCCUGAAUGAAAAAAAAAAAUGCUGAUGUUGGAAUUGCUUGGUUGGAAUAUCGAUGGCAAUUUGUGUUUGAAAAAUAUGGACUUUCCAAAAAAGUGGGAACUUUGGGGGAUUUGGAAAAACUCAUGGAAAAAGUUUUAUACCAUUCUCUGCUUAUUUCACGGUCUCGCGGGCAGCGGUCUGAGUAGGGCAGUCCAGACUUCACAGUCCCCUUGCCACCUCCUCCAGCUCCAUCGGUAGGACACUAAGGCCUUCCCAGAGACAUAAUCCCUCCAGUAUGUCCUAGGUCUGCCCUGGGGCCUUCUCCCAGCUGGGCAUGCCCAGAACACCUCGUUCUGGAGGUAUCUGGGCUAGAUGCCCAAGUCACCUCACCUGGCUCCUCUGAGCCCCUCCUGGAUGACUGAGCUCCUCACCCUAUCUCUUAGGGUGAGUCCAGCUACCCUACGUUGGAAACUCAUUUCAGCCGCUUGUACAGGUGAGGGUGGGAGAUCGACCAGUAAAUUAAGAGCUUUGCCAUCACCAUGACAAUCUGGUACAGCGAUCGCAUUACAGAUCCGCCUAUCGAGUCUUCAACUCGACGAACGGGAGACUCUGCCAGACCUACAUACAUGUCGGGGUCUCCCAGGUCUGUCAGGUCUGCAUCCUCCCCUGCCAUCUAAUCCACCAGGUGGUGAUCAGUUGACAGCUCAGCCCCUCUCUUCACCCGCUUGCCCAGAACACAGGUCUGAUGAUACGACUACGACACCCCUCUGUUCGAACACGGUGUUAGUUAUGGACCAACUGUCCAAUAACAUCACACCGCAUUGGUUCAGAUCAGGUAGGCUUUUCCUCCCAAUCACGACCCCCCAAGUCAUUGCCCACAUGGGUUUCGAAGUAUCCCAGUAGAACGACAGAGUCACCAACUGGGGUGCUCUCCAGCACCCGCCUGAAAGACUCCAAGUACUACUCUGAACUUCCGUUUGGCGCGUACACACAAACGACAGUCAGGACCCUUUCCCCAUCCCGAAAGCGAAGGGAAAUGACCGUCCCAUUUACUGGGGAUGAGUCCAACACAGAGGCACCAAGAUGGAGGGUUAUUAAUAAGCCCACACCAGCUCGCCACCUCCCCCUGCAGCAACUGGAGUUUGGUUCCCGAACCCAAACCCCAAAUUGUCCAUGCAUUUUCAGUGGGAAUUUUGUCAGGGUAAAAGUGUAAUGACAAAAAAAUGUGUGCAUUUUUUGGGGGACUGCUAAGAGCUUGCUAUCACGUCCUGAACCAAUGGAAAUUUUGGAUGUUGGAUUGUUUUGGUUAAAAUAUAAAUGGCAAAUUGUGUUUGAAAAAUUUGAAAUUUCUGGAAAGGCGGGAAAUUUGGGGAUGUGGAAAGUGGUUAGUCCAAAUUUCCUCAAUGUUUUAAUAUUGGAAUGGUUUGAAUCAGUUGACAAACGAGGAACUUGAAAACUAUUCAUUUUCAUUGAGAAUUUUGUCAUGGAAAAAUGUGAUAUGUUUGGGUUUUUUUGGAAUGUGCCAUCAUGUCCUGAAUGAAUGGAAACAUUUGAUAUUGGAAUGGUUUGGUUGGAAUAUUGACUGCAAUAUGGGAUGUGGAAAAUUGCCAGUCCAAAUUCCCAGACCGUUUUCAUAUUGGAAUGGUUUGAAUGGGUUGGGAAUGUGGAAGUAGUUGAGCGUGAUUAAAUGACAAGAGGACCUUUGGUGUGCAUGAAGACCCUUCAACAUUCACACAAUGACAUUGUUGGCUCUUGGAAGCUGAAAGUGAGACCUGCAUGCUGAGGAUCUGCGCAUGACGAUCGGCGAGUGAGAGUGACUUGGCCAUCUUACCUCUGUCCCCAUUAAAAGAUGUCUGCUUCAGAAAGCUUCAGUUAUCAAGACAAGAGAGAAGAUUGCAGGGAAAGGAGGGGGCGGGCACACGACACAAUCAUUUGGGAACAGACUGACAGACGAGGACAAACGGAGAUUUGUUGAAUGCAGAAACAUCCAUUCUUCCAUUUUCUAUGCCGCUUGAAUGCAGAAACACAAAAGCAUUAACUUUGUACAUUAUACGAAAGGAGAAAACGUAGACAGCGUAGGCCCGCACUGACGACAAGAUCCGCUUUAUUACCUGCACAUGCUGAAAUAAAUAGCAGUAUUACUUUGAACUUCAUGCCAGAUGGGGUUCAAAUUGGACACGAUUGUGGUCUUCAUCGAUAGCAUGCAUUCACGAAUACUGUGAGCAGUCUUGCUGCAAGUGAGGGCCUGAAGCAUAUCACUUCUAUUUCCCCAAAGACUAACAUCUAGACCAGGGGUCUCAAACACGCGGCCCGCGGGCCAAAUGUGGCCCGCAGGACACGAGUUUGAGGCCCCCGCCUUGAUAUGAAAGUUUAAUGUUAGUGCGGCCCGCGCAAGUUUGAUAUGGAUGCUGUAUGGUAUCAUGUACCCAGAAAAAAAUAUUACGUUUGAUUAAUGUUCAUGUUAAAGGUUAAAUAACUGUUAAUAGUUAUCCUCCCUAUCCGUGUGGAAGUGGUAAGUUUUUGGCUAUUUAAGUUUAAAGGAAAUAACUUGAAGGCUACCGUUUAGGUCGCGAGCUCUCUAGUUUGCGAGUUAGCAUGUGUCUCAAGACCCUGCAGUUGCGCAAUAUGUUGUAAAUAAAAAGAGUAUAAAUGUGACUAUAGUCGUGUUUUGUCAUGUCUACAGGGCUCUAAUAAUGCUUUGUUCAUUUUAAUCUGAAAAAAAAAUAAUUUGUCUACCCACCAACUAUAUGUGGUUUCUUAAGUUUUUAUUACUUGCCGUUUUAUUAUUAUUAUUAUUAUAUUUAUUUAUUACUGAUUGAUUGAUUUUCUUUAUUCUUGAUUUGUUUAAUUAUUUUUCAUCUUAUUUUGUGUCCAAUUAGCCAACACAAUGACAACCAGCUCCUCUUCUCAUCAUGUAAGCUUCAGGGGAUUCUCAUUUUGACCGCUUUUCCAGUAUACCAGCAGAAAAACAAGGUCCAGACAUGUGAGGUGAAUUCACUCAUUUGACUGAUGGCUGAUUUCACAUUUACAAUUUGGAUCAUGGAAAGAAUGGCAAGAAGUACAGUGAACCAAGAUCUGGACCUGUUCUGCUUUUUCAUUUCACUUUAUACUAAAGUUCUGUUGCUGAAAACAAUCACUUUUUCUACCUUUUCUUGACAUGAAUAUAUAUGGGUCAAAAUUCACCCCAACACCAUAGAUGUUUCUUUAGUCAUUAAUACUAAAAUGAGAAAAUAAAUAAAAGUAAUUGAUUUAAGAGAUAUGUUCUAUAUCCCUCAGUAAUAGCCAGGUAACAAAAGAACCUUCAAUUUAUGAAUAUGAUUCUUUUGAGGUUCAUUUGACCAUUUUUGGAAAUAGAAAUGGAGGGGUAUAGUGACAAAAAAAGGCCUACAUGCCCACACCAAAAGUAUUAAAAGCAACAUUUUCAUGGAUGAGGAAGCCUAAGAAGGUAACCAAGACAUGAGAAGCAAAUUUGAUGGUAACUUAUUGUUUUUAGUGUAUUUUAUAGCUGAUUUAAUACAUGGGUCAAAACCCACCCGUUAACAUAAGAGAUGAUACCAGAAAGCUAACACAAGAGGAAGGUUAAAUAGAUAAAAACAGCUUAAAAGAUGCAGCUCAUUAAUGCACGUAAUGGGACACACCAACUAUUAAAACACCCCCAACAAGGUUGUAUCCAUGCUGUGAGCAUGUAAUACUUACAGCAUUUUACCGUAUUUUGGUCAUUUUAAACAUCCUUCCUGGGUGCAUUAAUGUCAUAUAGCAACAUACAAAGGAACGCUACACUUAGCGUUAACUAAGCUGAAAAACAAAACACAGCAACAUGUAUCAUUUCCUUUUGGUGGUAGUGAGCAAACUUAUGGUGAAGCUAGUCGCUAGCUGGUGUGGCAAGGUGUCACUAUGCCAGAAAGUUAGUUCUUUGGCUUAAUAAUAAAAUACCGCUAUGGUAUGGAAAUGGAGCAUGUUGGCGCUUUUUGGAGGCAUUUCAAAAGGAUUUAUAGGGAGAAGAGUUGCAUCCCGUCCGCACGGUGGACAAGUGGUUAGUAUGUUGGCCAUACAGUCAGAAUACAGAAUGUCUGCUUGGGUUUUCUCCGGGUACUCCGGUUUCCUCCCACAUUCCAAAAACAUGCUAGGUUAAUUAGCCACUCCAAAUUGUCCAUAGGUAUGAAUGUGAGUGUGAAUGGUUGUUUGUCUAUAUGUGCCCUGCCUCUCAACCAAAGAUAGCUGGGAUAGGCUAAAGCAUACCCCACAACCCUAAUGAGCUUAAGUGGCAUAGAAAAUGAAUGGAUGGUUGCAUCCCAUUUCGUGCAUUCUUAGCUGCCUUUUUUUUAGCUUUUCUGUGCAUUUUUCCUUGAAGUUCUUGGUUGGGUUGUUUUAAUGUAGAGGAAGAAAAUGCAACAACCAUUGCUCUGCUUUUCUGUAAAGACCUUUAAUGGGUUUUAAAUGAAACAUGAAAAACUGGCACGUAAUUCUCAAAUAAAUACAAUUCUCAAAGAAAAAAAUACAAAUGGACACUUCCGCUCUACCCAACUGUUGGUUCCAAACAGAACAAUAUGACUCCUUCCAUAUAUAUACUACAGUGGAACCUUGUUUAGCAUCAUUCAUUCGUUCCAGAAGGUUAGACUCUAACCGAAACACAAACCAAAUCAAAUGUUCCCAUAAGAAAUCACGUAAGGUUCAUUGAAGACAUGAUUCCUGAUGUGAGUGUUGGAAGCUUUCAAAGCAUUGUGGUCGCUGGUGUUUCAGGUGGCUUGGAUGUAGCCAUGUUUAUUUUUUGCCUCGGCGGAAUGUUUGAAGAACAUCAAUUAUCAGAACUAUUUUUUAAUGGUAGGGUUUUUAAUUCAUCGGUAUGAUGUCAUAAUUCCUCAUCUUGGCCUGAUUAUUUUCAUCAUGCACCCCUAAAGUAAAACUAUAAAAGAUGUGUUGUGUGUCAACAUUUCUGGGAGUCCACUGAUGCCAUCAGAGAUGGGGCGACGUAGUGGACUUCUGGUUCCUUUGUUAGAAGCUAAGGACGUUUUGGGAUGCAAACUGUUAACAAGAAAUUGUAUGUAAGCCGAGGCAAAAGUUGGGCGUACGCUAACCGAGGUUCCACUGGACAUGUCUCAGUGGGGAAAAGAAAUAUUUGAUCCCCCGGUUUUGCAAUCAAUUUCAUCAUUAAUAACAUCAGCUUAUCUUUUGCCUGGAUAUGUUUACACUCUGUUAAA